ACAAUCCAUUCUGGCAAAGUCGUGCAAGCGCAGGUCGGCGAGGACCCGUCCCGGCGUUGUUUUGCUGAGUUCUUUGCCCCGGACUCCCGGAGCGAGCUAGGGCACACCGUAUCAUCUCUCGAAGCUUGUAACAAUUAAAUUACCGCACGAAACAACGUUUUGGGCUCGGGGGGCUCCAGAAUGGCCGUCGUAUGCAAGUGGGGACCGGUGGCGCCGGCCCUGCGGGCUCUCACCCUGGAGGACGUCCGUGCGGCCAUGCAGCAGGUGGGGCCCAGCGCAGGGGUGCCCCUGGCCCAGCAUGUCCGCCGCCACCGAGCUCGUGUCCGAGCUCAAGCGGUGGAACGAGGCCUUCGGCGAGGGCGGCAAGCGCAAGCAGGCCGCGCUGCCGUACUUAAUCAGGUAAAAGCAGCUGGCUGGUGGGAGGCCCAAGGAGGAGGUCAUCGUCAGCUGGGCAACGCCGACACUGGCUAUGGAGGUUGCAUCAGCAGGUCAGGUAGAGGUCCAAACCGGACGCUGCUACACCUGCUCGUGGACAAGUACGCGCACCUGGUGGUGUACGUGGACGAGUACUACACCAGCCAGGUGUGCGCAAGCAACGUGUGGACAGCGUCUGCUCGGGCCGUGACGCCAACUCUGCGACGAACAUGCGGCACGCGCUGAUGGAGAUGCUGCUUGGUAGAGCGCGGCCUGCGGCCCUGCGCCGCGGUGGAGGCGGCGGCGAUGGUGACGGUGGAGGGCCUGGCCCCAUCAUCAUCAUCAUCAGCAGCAGCAGCGGCAAAGGGCCUGGCGGCAGCAGCCCUGGGCCCAGCAGUUGCGGCGUGCAUGUGCGUGGCGGAGGGGGCGAGCAAGGCCACGUGGAGGAGGACAGCGCGGCGCCGCCCAAGAAGCGGCGCCGGCGCGCAGGUUGAGGCCGGCCGGUGUCUAGUUCGGGUCUUUGCUGCUGGCGAGCAUAGCACCGCACAGUAUGUGGUAGGCCGCAACAGUGAGGAUUUCCUGCUGUUUGGUUGAUUGCUGGCUGUGCUGUUGCUUGGCAGCGGGACACACCUUGGCACAUGGCGGGCCAUGCCUGUACGAACUGAACCCGGCUAUUUCCGUGAGAUGAGGCAGACGCUUGCGGCCUCAGACUAGAGACGUGGCGUGGGCUCAGCCCACUUUUCCCAUACAAGGGGAACCACUAUCUUGACUUGUGGAUGACGACAAAGUACUGCUGAAGAGCGUCAGCACUGAGCUGCUACGGAACAUUCAGGCAACAGGGACCCUGGAGGGGAUCACCAGCGCGAGUGGGGCGGCUGUUACGAGGCGCUACGUGCGUGCGUGGCGGUCGGCGGGCAGGGAGGUGUGAAAUGUCGUGGUUGAGGUAACACAAGGUAGGGGAGCGCAGCGCGCUGAUUAGGGCGGCAGCGCUGGUCCGUUCGGCUGGUGCAGUAGUGGCACCAUACCUGACUUUGGUCGGGUGUGCUAUGCGCAAGGGGCAGUUGCUCGCUUUUGAGGAGCUGCGAGGGAAGGGGCUACGGCCGCGAUCGAAGGGAGGCGCGGGCAUUUCAUGCCCAGACACGUAAUGCCUCGUAGUAUGCUGAUCUGCUUUGAUCGCGCCUCCGGACUCAAAGGAGUUAGUGGGGCCGCAUGGACUUCAAGCCGUGUAACAUGCUCAUGCU